CAUAUUAAUUACAGUUGCAAACAUAUAGUUUUGCAGACACACAAUUCGCCCUGCAUCAAAAGCUAGCAUUUGGAUCCAGCGCCCUCAAAUUGAACACCAAGGGUGCAACCACUGCGACGCUGACAUUGAUGCUUCUAAGACAUAGCUAAUUACAGGUCAUCGCAUUUACAGUAUCAUGGCGUCCGCGCAAGUACCUGGCUCGAGCCUUCUUUCUUCACGCAACCUUUCCGCGCGGCUUGCCUCAACCUCAGGGCGGCCAUAUGCAGUGCCUCAGCGACGCAGUAUCACAAUUUGCUCCGCCUUCAAGCUCAGUGACGUGACUGGCUCUUCUGGCUCAAACCGGACUGCUAUGGUGGCCAUCGACCCCACGGUGCCCAGCACUAGCGCUAUUGCAUCACAGGAACGCUCUGGGCCUUCUAUUCCAAUCAUUGCUCUUGCUGUGGGCGCUGUGGGCCUUGCCGCGAUGGUAUUCAAGAAGUUUCGACAGAACGGGCUUGAUGACCACACCUACCGGUACAGCGCCAGCUUGCAUCUCAAGGAUGUGAUGAAAGAUGUGAACACUGUGCGCAUUGACGACCUGACACCCGAGCAAAUUGAGGCCGCACGUGCUCGUCGCAGCAAGGAGCGUGCCAACCACCGGCUGUGCCUGGAGGAUGUCGAGCUGCCGCAGAACCACCCCUUCGCCACCAAGCAGAAGCUCACGCAGGAGCAGCAGGACGCGGCGCUGCAGAACCUCCGCGCGCGCAGCAUGCGCCGCCGCAACUACGAGGCAAUGCAGGAGGGCGCCAAUGGAGGCAUGGGCGGCAUGGGCCGCUCACGCUAGGUGGAUGGCGAUGCAGUGUCAGGGAUGGGGGUGGAGGGGAGGGGUAGGGGUUAGGGGCGGGGGCAGCGUUGCAGGCGCGUGUUGCAGGUGCCAGGAUGGGUGUGAUUCUUCAUUUGCAGGAAGAGGAGUGCUGGUAGGCGUAUAGACCAUACAGAUAGGCUAUGCGGUCCUUGAAGAGCAACAUGACAGUGGACGUGGAAGCGGGGAAGUCUGCCUCAUUGCGGGGCGGGUGGCGGCGGCACUGUGGCAGCCUGGCCGAGUGCAGGAUGGAGCCGCCAGGAGCAGGCUGGCCGCGGUCUGUCCUAGGGACUUGACAGCGCGGUCUUGACUUUUAAGACUGGCGUGCUAACCCAAUAAAGGACCAGGUGAUACAUAAGACGCUGGCAUGACUGUGUGCAAUACUAGACUGCUGUCAUGUGAUCCUCCGAUUAAUUGGAUUGAUGUGGAUGCCUGAGGCGUGAGGCUCUUGACCACCUGGGCAAUUGCACAUGUCUCCCAUUUGACAUGGGCCUUGGUGCUGCCAUGUAAGGUAACGGAUAC